UCGGGACCGCCCAGUCAACAACAGAACCUUUCACCACGACCUAUCUCAUGACCAGAUGAAGGUACUUGUUAGUCGUGGGUGUAGACAAAUUACAUGGCAAAUUCUUGCGAUACAAGGUGCAGCUUGCAUAUUCAGUACAAGCAUCAAGGAUUUCGAUUGGUCAUUCGGGUUCGUUGCUGCUAGGCGUGCUACGACAGCAGGCUUCCCGCACCUGGACAACAGCACAAAAGAUCUGGCAAACUCUCUGCUGUACGGACGACGUCUGCCAAAGUGAUUGAAGGCUCAGUUCGCUGAUGCCAUUUUCUAGAGACCCAGCAAACACAUAUGAAGGUGUAUGCACACGGCGCAUCAUUGUCCUAUCCGGGCUCGCCCCGAACUUCGCGCGCAUCAUGUCAGCACCUAGGCAGGAUAACCCCGGCCGCUGACGUCCAGGGACAUGGGACCUUGAACUGCAUUCAAAUUCCCCCCAAUUUCAAUGUAGACCUACAUCUUACUCAGGUCUUCUGCACCCUCAUUAUGUCUCUCGACAUUCUGCUGAAUUAUGGCUUCCACGACCGACAACAUCCAAGCGCCCAUUGCUCAAUUCCAUAAGCAUGGCUUACAGCUGCGGUCUGGCAGCCCAUUAUUGCAAGAUGCGGUGGAGGAUGCGCCGAGGAAGAGAUCGAAAGUUAAGACGGGUUGUUACACUUGCAAAGCCCGACGAGUGAAGUGCGAUGAAGCCAAACCUUGGUGCAAGCGCUGCAUCAAAUUUGGAGUCGACUGCGACGGCUACCCCGCGCCCAAAGGGCACCCUCGCACAGCCAAACAUCUACGACCACGAGUUCAAGCUGCCGGUUCUAUAGUUCCCUCAGCAGGACGGACUGUCAUAUACUCCAUGGAACCUGUACGACUAUUUGAAGACGAGCAAGAAGGACGAUGUUUCCGGAUAUACUGCGACGAAAUGGCAUAUCAGCUCAAGGGACCAUUCAAGACAUCUUUAUGGAGCCAAUUGAUCCCCCAAGUCAGCCAUGCCGAACCGUUCAUUCGACACGCCAUUAUUGCUCUUGGGGCAAUGAGGAAGAUCACACAUGGGCCGGAUAAUGCAGGUGAGGGUUUCCAGCUGAGCCCGGCGAAUGCGCCGGAUUUCUUCUAUGCGUUGCGGCAGUACGAGAAAGCUCUCCAGGGGAUGAGACAGACUAUUGCGGACGGGAGGAAAGAUAUACAGAAAGCGCUGAUUGCGUGUAUUCUGGUCUUCUGUUUCGAGACUUUGACGAACAAGAUGAAUAAUGCAGUGGUGAAUGCAGAGAGUGGACUGUUGCUUCUGCAUUCUUGGAUGCGAGAGAACCUGCCCAACCAUGUUGGGUGUAACCCAAGCAAAGAGUGGCAGGAUCACCGUAUUGAAGAGGAUCUCAUGAUUGCGUUCUCGACUCUCGAUUUACAGGUCCUGUUCUUCCGAGAUGGAAGACCGGCCAGGACUCACGAAUAUGUGAUAAAUAGCGCUGAUGGAUCGAUCGCGCAAAUGCCAGCUGAAUUCGGUACACUCAAGGCAGCGCAUAAUUUCUGGAUGUUAAUCAUGAGGAGAAAUUAUCACUUCAUUGUGAUGGUUCUCGGGCAAGGGAAAGCAUCCGAAAUGUGUGGGCCACUGAUGCACGGCGACGCUCCUUACGAAGACUGCGUGAACAUCUUUCCUGGAGGUAACAUCUUCAGCACACCGAAAGAGCCACCUUUCGAGCUGUUCCCUGCCUGUAUGAGGUACUGUGACGACGUUGCGAGGUGGACAAAAGCCUCUGCACAGGUGUUCCGAGACAUGGAAACUACAGGGACAGAAGAAGAAAGAGUUUUGAUCGCUUUGCUGAAGAUACAUUCUAUUAUGGGCCCUAUCAUGCUCACAAGCGCAUUCUUCACCACACAAACAGCCUACGAUCAAUACCUCUCGGAAUUCCGCAAAAUUAUCACGCUUUGCGAAUGGGUCCUCCCACGACUCAUGGGCCCCGCCGGCGGCAAGGCAGUCUAUCAUUUUGACCUUGGGGUCUUGGUCGGUCUCUUUCUAGUCGGUGCUAAAUGUCGAGAUCUUACUCUACGGAAUAGGGCUAUUGAUCUUUUAUUCGGGUAUAGGCUUAGAGAGGGCUUCUGGGACUCUGCUGCGGCGGGGCUGUUUAUUGUAUGGGCGAGGGAUCUGGAUGAGGAGGGGAGAGACGAGAAUGGCGAGAUACCGGAAGAGAAGAGGUGGUUCAUCACGAGCGCAUAUGUGGAUAUGGAUAAGCAGAAGUGUUUGGUGAGUGCUACUCGGAAAGAGUUGGAUGGAUUGGAAUUCAGGCACAAGGAGAUAUUUUGGUAAUACUCAUGGCAUGGAAAGCAAAGAAACACAACCGAAACAAAUACAAACACAAACUAGAUACCCAUUAUAUC